AUCACGAUGCGGAUCAACCAUCUUGUUCUCCAAGCCAAAAACUGGACCCCACCGGCACGCUUACCUAUAAAUACUUUCAUAUCAGCAAUCUCGCCACACAAAUCUUUCAGCUUUCUCUCCUUAACAGCUCUCCUCGUUCGUGUUUUUUUGCAUUUGACCAAGCACUUUUUCGCCGGAAAUCAACCAUGCCUCGCCGUAGCUCCGGUGGCCGCAGCUCUGGAGGAAGGUCAUCCUUGUUCUCUUCUCGCCCUGCUGCCGCUACUACAUCGCGGAAGUCUUCUGCACCUGCACCAGUUGCUUCUGCACCUCCACCUGCUCCUAUGCAAGCUGGAUCUCCUAUGGGAGGAGGAAUUGGUGCUGCAGUUGCUGAUGGCUUGGCAUUUGGUGGUGGCAGUGCCAUUGCACAUAGGGCUGUAGAGGCUGUUGCGGGUCCUCGGACCAUAAGACAUGAGACGGUGGCCUCCCCAGCCUCUGCCCCUGCCCCUGACUCAGCAACCAUGGCAACAGGCAGCAGUCUUGGAGUUUCUGAUGCAUGUGGCAUUCAUAUGAAGGCCUUCCAAGAUUGUUUGAACACCUAUGGGAGUGAUAUCAGCAAGUGCCAGUUCUACAUGGAAAUGCUGUCUGAUUGCCGCAAGAACUCUGGCGCUGGUCUGACUGCUUGAUGCCAUCCCUGGUCUUUUACUUCAUUUGUUCUAACUGGUGCCCCAAACUAAGUCUUUUAUGGUUCUGCUUCUAGAUGAUGAUAAUAGUGUGUAUUUGGGAGAUAUCACUAGUAGUAACGUAGUCUUUUGAUGCGCAGCCAAUGCUUGAUAUGGUUGUUGGACGUGUGAUAUUAUCCAUCAUAAAAUGACGUCGCUUUGACCUUCAUUGUCAUUGUUCUUUUCAUUAUAUUUAAUCUUUGAUGUCAAGGUAGAUUUUGAGGAGGCGGAGGCGAUUUUGAACU